CAUCGAACCAUGUCGAAUCAUUCUGUUGUAAACAGCAUACUGCUGGCUUAUGAAGAGGGGAAGUCAACUCGAGACCCCCGCACACGCUAUUGGUUUCUACUGGACGAUAAUCCAAUGCAUGUUUGGAUCCUCACAGCUUUAUACGUCGCCUUUGCUAUCAUCGGUCCGAAAGUAAUGAAGGACAGGAAACCGUUCCAUCUGCAAACAUUUAUGGUCUUGUACAACUUUGGUCUAGUUCUUCUGUCUUUAUAUUUAAUGAUUGAGAUUAUCGCCAGUGCAUAUGAUAUUGGAUAUUUUGAUAAAGAUCCAUGGUGCUGCACCUACCACCAUCUAAGGACACCAAACAAUCCAAAGGAGUUGCGGAUAGCGAAGGUGUUUUGGUGGUAUUUCUUCUCGAAACUGAUUGAGUUUACGGAUACUAUCUUAAUGGUGUUAAGGAAAAAGAACGAUCAGAUUACUUUCUUGCAUGUAUAUCACCAUUCUAGCAUGUUCAACAUUUGGUGGUGGGUCACUACCUACCUUCCUGGUGGACAAUCUUGGUUCUCCAGUAGUCUGAACUGUUCCGUCCACGUCAUAAUGUAUCUCUACUAUGCUCUAGCCGCCAUUCCGUCGAUGAGGAAAUAUCUUUGGUGGAAAAAAUACAUCACAAAAUACCAAUUAGUUCAAUUUGUACUCAUUCUUUACCACACACUGCAGACGACUUUCACUGGGUGUGAUUAUCCAAUGUGGGGACAAUAUUUAUUAACAGGGUACAUGGUCAGUAUGCUUGUAUUAUUUGGAAACUUCUACCUCAACGCUUACAUCAAAAAGAGACGAUUGGGAGCUGCGAAAAAAGCAGAAGACGGUCCUAAUGGUGCGGUCAACAACGGAAUUCAUAAAACUAACGGUCAUUCAAACGGUAUUUCCAAUGGGAACACAGAUGUUUUGUCUCAUUGA